CCAGCAUCGAAUGGUCAUUUGCUGAUGUCUUGUCGUGGAAUUCAACUCAACGGUGUCGCUCUUGAUCAUUCAUCAUGCAUUUGCUAGGAAGGAAUCUGCUCGAUCACAAACCAGUCAGGAUUGCCCUGACGAACUUCUUUGGUAUCGGUCACAGCCUGGCACCUCGUAUCCUUGCUCGACUGCAGAUCCACCAUACGUGCAAAGUGUCAGAGCUCACCGAACCUCAAAUCACUGCUUUAUCUGCCUACCUGUCCUCCCCAGUCUCCUCUACUCAUCCUGACCCUACGCCUCUCGCCGUACCAGCCCUGCCUCCUCGUUGUCAGACCUUGCGGAGAAUCGAAUUACCCCAAGUUCAGACGGCGCCGAAACCCAUACGGAGAGAUGUACUGGAUGAUCUGAAGAUUGAGACGGAUCUCAAGAGGAGUAUGUUGGGAGAUAUACAGAGAUUGCGAGAGAUCGGAACGUACAGAGGAAGACGACAUGCCGCUGGUCUUCCCGUCAGAGGACAAAGCACACACGCUGCUGGUCGUACAGCUAAGAAGCUCAAUCGUCUGGACAGGAGGUUCAAUUAACAUGUGUCCAUCGAACAUCAAAGAGAUGUUCUCACCACCUCCUCUUGGAUCUGGCUCUUCACACGUCCCUCUCGUCUCCUCAUAUUGUAUCAAUAACAUCUAUCAUGCAUGGGACUCCUGAGCUGCAUUGCUGACGAGUA